AUGAAACGCGUAAAAAAUAGAGACGGAACGAAAGAACAAAAGCUUAUGAAUGCGGAUGACGUAGAUAGGGAAAUUGUUGAAAACGGUCUCGGAAUAUAUGAAAUGCCAGCAGAUGAGGUACAAGAAACUCCACAGGAAGAAGUUCAGAUACAACCAGACAUGGAAGAAAUAGUUCAGCAACAACAGCUAGAAGAGCUUGAAGGAAACGAACAAGUCCUUCCUUUGGAAACUAACUUCACAGAACUAGAUGAAGAUUUGGAACAGCCGAAAAAUCUUGACCCUCAACAAGAGUAUGCGGAGAAUAUGGAAUAUUUCCAAGAGUCUAAAAAAAAUUCGGCUGACAUAGUAGAAGAAUAUCGAAAAAUGUUUGCCGACAUACAAAAGACUCCAACACAAGAUGAAAAUAUUCAGCAUAGAAUGGAAGUACUGAAAGAAAAUGUACACAAAUACAACAACCCUUUUUACUUACGAGCAUUUAACGUUCAAUCUUCGGAUGAACUCGGUGAAAAUAAAAGGUUAAAUUUCAAGAAAACAUAUAGAAAUGAAACAUUGUUUAAAGUUCAUUCAGAACCUAGCCAAGAUGGAAACAAACCUACUUUUGUUUCUGCAGACGAUGGAACUACAAUGAGAUGGGGUCAUAAAGCUAAUCCGGAUAGGUGGUUCAUAAACUUACAACCACAAUUCCAAGAAGUUGUAGACGCAAUGGAAGUCAAUGGUGAACGAGAUAUAGCUGGUAUUUUAAGCGCGGCUUUAAUGCCAUUGAAAGAUAUGAAACAUGCAGAUAUUUUGGACCAGUAUGAAAUGAACAUGGCUGAUGGAAAUAUAACACCUGACGUUCUAAAACAUUUAUCUCAAAGAACUACACAGAACCAUAGAGAUG